AUGCCAUCAAAGUUCAGAAGUAUGAACCUGCCACGGGAUGAUCGACCAGUACAAGACCCACCGGCUUCGUUCUUCGGACGAAUGAAGAAAAGGUUUACCAAGAAACCUAACUCGAAAAAUCAUGACGGCAGUAAUGGCUUCUCUGACUCGUUGACACAUGGCAACAUACGACUGGCUGUGUCUGGUGAAGCAAAAUGUCAAAGAAACCGCCGAAACGGAGUAAACGGGAAAAUCUCAGGAAAACAGACAGCCAGAAAUUACUGCGACAUUGACCUGGCUAGUGAAAUAAGCACGCAACAUACACAGGAAGAGCAGAAUAUGUUCGAGAAACAAGGUGCUAGACCUAAAUGUAACGGUGCGUCUCAACACCUGACAUCAAUAAAUGACACAAAAACAGUCAGUAUUGAAAAUGGGCUUAGUAAUGGCUCUGACAUUGGUAACCAUGACAACAAUGGAACUAGCCCGUGUGGGAAUAGUGAAGAGCAAAACUCAACGUCUGACGAUGUUUUUCAAGACAGUGCUGUAAAAACGUUGAGUACUUCGUCUGAGCCUGUCCACAUGUCUUUGAAUCAAGAAAAUGAGACAGAACAAAGAUGGGAAAAGAAGGAAGUAAAAACAUUGAAAGAGUCUGAAUCAAUUCCUAAAAAUAGCGAAAUUGUUGAUUUAGUCACGCAUAGCGAAAGUUUGACAACUGGUGAACAAUCAAAUACAAAAGAUGGCCAGGCUGAACAACUAGAAGAUCAGUGUUCAACAACAGAACCUUUUCCUCCUACAUCGGAAAGUAGAGCCGAAACUAAAUUGGCAAAUCCUCAAGGAAGAGAUUCCAGUGAUAAAGCUGAUGAACUUGAUAAUUCAGUAAACAUAUCACCUGAAACAGAAUUAGAGGUAUUUCCACCAAAACCUAGAAUGCCACCACGACCGAUGUCUUUAAACCUUGAUGUACAAGUCCCACCACCCAUUCCAGUAAGGAGUCCUUUGGCACGAUCACUUUCCAUGAAUCAAGCCAAAGAGGUUCCUAAGCCACCAGUUGAUUCUACCAUCCUUGAAAAUGGACAUCGAAGUCAUGAACUGUUUCCAUUUGAUGAUGCUGGAUUGAAGGCAUUAAAAUCAAAAACAUUAGGGCAUCAACCAACCAGAAAAACACAAACUCAUAAGCCGAGCAAAUUUUCAAAGUUCAACAUUCUGAGAGGAAAAAGCAAUAAAAACAGACACACAAUCCAUGUGAUGGCCAAUCGGCAGCUGCCAGAUAUACCAGAUGAAGAACCGCUAAACAGGCCAGACGCCGAUUCACCACUGAACAGAAACACCGAAUCAGAUGUGCCUUCCAGUCCUACAUCUCCUACCAAUGAAGCUGGCAAGUUUACUUCUACUUUACGACACUUAUCUGAGUGUGGUUGGUAUUGGGGUCCAAUGAGCUGGGACGAUGCUGAGGCCAAGUUAGCUGAUACCCCAGAUGGAUCAUUUCUUGUUAGAGAUAGCUCCAAUGAGAGAUAUUUACUGAGUUUAAGUUUUAGAUCUAAUGGUAGAACCCAUCAUACAAGGAUUGAGCACACCAAAGGGACGUUUGGUUUCUGGUCCCAACCACAGUCUCAUGGUUGUUCAUCUAUAGUGGAGUUCAUGGAAAAAGCCAUGGCUCAUUCCAAAAACAGCAAAUUCUUGUACUUCCUGAGGCCACGAUUCACCGGUGCCCCUCCAGUACCAGUACAGCUGACCUACCCUAUCUCAAGAUUCAAACGUGUCCAAACACUGCAGCAUAUCUGCAGAUUUAUCAUCAGAAGAUAUGUCAGGCUUGAUCAUAUUGAGACUCUACCACUUCCAAGCAAGGUGAAAGAAUACCUUUUGGAGGGACAAUACUAUACCCAAGAUGAUGUUAGACCACCUGAUGAAGAUGAAGAUUCUGAUGAGAAAAACUGA